CUGACCAAUAGGGUAUUAGAGACAGAGUGUAUUAGAUCAGUGCGUGUGAAAAUUCUUAAAUCUUCCUACAUUCAAGUCCUAGUCUAAGUUAGAUUACAGAAAUUCGUACAGCUAUGUCUCUGGAGGAAUCACGGAGAUCACAACGUCCGUACCGGUACGGAAUGGUCUUGCUAUGCGUCGGAGCACUUAUCAACUGGUUGGGUUUAGCAGAAAAUUAUGUUGAACCAGUGCGUUACGUUGGUGUCGCCUGCAUAGUUGCUGGGGCUCUACUCAUUUGCGCCGCAAUGUGCUGUUGGCUACAUGCACCGCCAACUAGGACGAGCACGCACACGCAACACACGAACCAUCCGAUUACAGCACAGAUCGAUGACCCGAUCCACGUGAUUUCCAUCGAGGAACCGCCUGGCGUGUCGAGGCAGAAACCACCGGAUUAUGAAGCGGUGACGGAUGCACCGCCCAGCUACGAUGAUGCUAUCAAGCUAAAUCCUAGUCAAUUAAUCAGGUUGAGCAAUGGCAGCACGCCGCCAUUAUCUUCAGGACAAAUUAUCCCGACAACUAUCAGUAUCGUCUCGCCAACCCUAACACCGCCACCACCAUAUGCGAGGUGAGAUUAGAGUGUUGAAAAUGGAGACCAAAAAAAAAUGAAUAUACGCAGAUCUGCGACGUGAAUGAAGAUGUACACCAUUGUCAAUUGCAAAGAGCGAUCACGUCUAUGGACUGCGAAUAAUACGAUCAUACGACAAUUCCGUUGUUUGCUCCCGUCGAUGCUCUCGAGAUGCGUAACGUAUACGUAUAGCUGCGCAAAAUGUGAGGGAGAAAAAGUUGAACGAUUCAAGAAACGCUCAAUAUUCCACGAUCAAGAUUUGAGAGAAGAUCUCUUCGCGAUGGCUAAGAUAUUAACCAUUUAGAUUUAUUAUCUAUUGAAUUUAACUGCGAAUCGG